UUCCCCAAUGAAUAAAUGUCACGUUAAGUGCUCACGUUGAAUUAAUCAAAGUUCAAUCAAGUUGAAAUUUCAAAGUUCGAGUUAUUUGGAUGAAGAAUUGAACCCCAGCUGGAGUUUUAACCCCUCACUGGGAGCAGAGAAAUUGAACGGAAGCUAUUCCGAGAGAAUAUUCAUCGUCGGUUUUGUCGCAUCUGUUAAUCAAAGUCACCUCAAUAUGACUUCAGAAAACCGUUUGAUUUACCAAGAAUCGCCUACGUCAUUAAGAGAGAUAAGUUCGUUGAGAAUGGCGUUAAUGUUAUGGCGUCACAAAUUCACAGAUUUAUGUUCGAGCGACGGUCUACCCUCGGUUUGGUUCAGUACCAAAGAGAUGAUCGCAGUUUCAACAUGGAUCGAGUUCUUUCUCGAUCCUUACAUCCCAGCCCUGGGCAAAGAGCUAAAAAUGUGGAUGGAUUAUCACUCGGAGCGGAUAUUUUUCGAUUCAGAUCUAGGCUGGGCUGUUUUACGUUGUUUCAAUCACAUCGUAUGCUAUCAAAGUGGCGCCAUUAAUUACGUAGCCACGGCCAAAAAGCUGCUACAGAACGAGCUGUUGAACGAUAUGGAAAAAUUUCGUAUAGCUUGCGUGUAUUGUUUGGAGGAAGAUGUGAAACGUCAAUGGGCCUUGGUAUGGUGCGGUCGGACUAAAGGUCUUCUCAAUGCUACCAUAAAACCAAUCAUACAUUAUUGGAAUAAUCGUAUGAAUAAAGAAGAGCACUGCAAACACGUCUGCUUCAAACGUAUCUUCGCUUCUUAUUCGAAAUGUUCCCGGAACUGGACCGCCACCUUGCAUUUUUUGAACGAGUUAGAAGUUGUUGAACAAAUCGCACAAGCGAUCGAGUUGAUCGAACAAGAUCCUAUGUUCGCGUUGCAUGUUUUACCUCAUUUAUCGGUCGAACAACAAAGGCAAGUGAUCAUGAAACAAGGAGUAACCAUUUACAUCACUUUCGCCAAAAAGUCUCGGUAUUCGACGUUCGCUCUACAGCUUUGGCGUUUUUUCGGACAAUUCGCGACUGUCUUUCAAUUCAACAGUUUGAUCAAGCAGGUAAUUGACGAUAAAGAAAUUGGUCUACGAGUAAAAACCGAUAUAAACCGACACGUGGGCACUUUGCUUCAUGACACGUGGAGCUCAUCUCAGUAUAAUCUGAAGCGCUAUAUCGUUCAUAAUUUCAUCAACGAUGUAUUGAACGUAUUGUUCGAAGAAGACAGUUUGCUGAGGGUGACGUAUCGAGACGCUAGAUUCUUAUUAGCAGUUUUGGCAGCUACCACAGAGGAAUCCAGAGCCAAAUUAUGGAACGAUCAUCAAAACACGAUCAUCUUCAACAUACCACCCAAGUACCUGGAGGAAUUGUUCGCUAUGUGUGUCAAAGAUACCUUGGAAGUGGAUCGAAUCAAAACGCGUCUCUCCGAAGACGUCGAGUUCUUGGAGAAAUACAACAAGCUCUCUUUCAAAGAGGGAUAUUUCGAAGACGUCGAAGAUUUUUUAACAUUUUGCCAAGUCGAUCGAAAUCGAAAGUAUCGCAUACAGAAAGAUCUCCUAACCAGGGUACAAAUGAACGCAGUCUGUAUUUUGGACCUAAAUGAUUUGGAAAAAUGGUGUCGAUUGGAUCGAUUCGUCGACGACUGUUACGACGAGGAUCAAGCGACAAGUUUCAGAAAGGAUAUGAUACGGUCGAACCCUAUGCUAGAGCAUUAUCAAAAACUGCUUGUCGACGGACAGCUCUACCAAGUGCGUCAGUUCAUCGACGUGUUCUUAUCACAAGACCAAUCGAGUAUAACCAAGGACGAUCUGAUCUACAAUUGUGGCAGGAGUCUAGUCUUUGGAUUGUGCUACAAUUUCAACGAAGCUAAUUGGAAAGAAUUUGUGAACUGGUGUUUUAACAGCGACGCUAACAAAAUCGCCAAAUGGAAGGAUUCUCUAAACAUAGACGAGAUAUUCAUCAAAAUGCUGCGUAGAUGCGUCGAUUUAGCCUACAAAGAUAGUUUUUUUCGCCAUCGCAAGAAAAACCAAAAUUACGAUUUCGUUAAAGUGAAUUCCUUUUUAAAAUGGUAUUUUGUCACGUGGUCUGCGAUCAGAAAUUACAAGCAUAGCAAGAUCGAUUCUUUCAGCAGCAUCGAAGAGAUUAAAGAAGCGUUCGGCAUCGAAAGCGACCUAUUGACGACAAUUUUAGAAUGGUUUUAUGAUGGAGAUAGGGAAAAAAUUCAUCGACGGAAGCAUUCUGCAGCGAACCUGUCGCCUUUGGCUUAUAGAGUCGAUAAUUGGAAACAUAAAUUUUUCCACAAAAGUAAUUAAGUGCGAGGAGAGGGGGAGAAGUGGGGAUUUGCCUUCUACAAAUGUUGACCUUUUCGAUCAUUUUUUUCAAAAUUCAUAUUUAGGUAGGUACUAUACUUCCUCUCAUCUGAUUACUAGGCAACCCAUGCUGAGUACAAGUAGAUAUGUUCGCCUACCUUUUGAAUUGAGAGGCUCCCUUAUACUCCCAUUAGAAAGUGGAACAUUAUUUCAAGAUUGCGCUACUCGAAAACUGUAUGUCAAAAGCUUAGAUGUAGAACCACGUCCAUAAUAUUUUCAAAAAUGAAAUUUUUGUUGUUUUCAGUAGCUUACGUUUUGAGCAACCAGAAAAAUGAAUACCAAAAUCUCAUAUACGAGUAUGAAAAAAUUGUGGGUUUUGUGAUCCUAUAAUUAGUCAAGGGUGGGCCUGAGUGUUUUCAUGACCCUUCCAUUUUUUGAACCGUUCUUGAUUUUUUUAUUUUUUUACUGAAGACAAAAAAAAUUGUACCCACCCCAAAAAAACGAUCUGUCUACGCCACUGAAUUGCACACAUCUUUUGAAAAUGUUUUUUAAAUAAUUAUUAGACUGUACGUAUCAAUAACUUGCAUAACAUUUUCAUUAUUCAAAAUAACGAUAGAGAAAUAGAUGUAAUGUACCUACCCGACCCCUUCAAUCAAGAAUCUAGGCAAACAUCCUACUUAUGCUCAGCUCAACUCGUAUAACAUUUUCAUUAUUCAAGAUAAUGAUAGAGAAAUAGAUGUAAUGUACCUACUCGACCCCUUCAAUCAAGAAUCUAGGCAAACAUCCUACUUAUGCUCAGCAUGAGUUGUCUAUUUCCAAAUGGGAGUAGAUAGGUCACUUAUGAAACAGUACACCCUAUGUACAUAUAUAAUUUUAAGCAAAAAUUGUGAAAAUAUUGGUACACUUUGGUACUUUGUUAACUAAUUUAGAAUUGAUCUUUUAUAGGUAUGUAGUAAUGUACCUACUUAUUUUCCCAUCAAAUACGGUGGUGCAAAA